CCGGGAGCUGGGCUUUCACAGGACCAGCAGUCAGGCAACAGGUUUGUCCUCCCACAUCAGCUGCUUGCCACCUGGGAGAGGGCCCAGCCUGAGGUCUUGGCGCAGCGGGUGAGGCGAGGCAAACCCCGCUUUCAGGCCGGGGGCUGCCCCCCUCCAUCCUCCACCCUCCAUCCUCUUCCUCCCCCGGGGCUGGCGCUCCGCCCCAUGCCCGGAGGCGGGACCGGGGCUGGCAAGGAGCAGGACCGAGCUGCAAAGAGGGAGCAGGUGGACAGACAGACAGACCAGCUGCUCGCAAGGCACCCAGCCCCUUCCCACAGCCCUGCUCUGGCCCCAUGCGUCCGCCACAGAGCCCCUGGCUUGGAUGCGCAGGCUGGUGUCUUCUGGGGAACUGAUGUCUUCGGUCCGGACUCCCCCUCGAUGGCUCUGAUCUCCUCUGCCACCCUCUCCACCCCCAGCCCAGGACCCUCAUCCUGUCCGCCAGGAGCAGGGAUGCUCGCUUUCCUCCUGGCGAGCUGUACCAGCCACCCACCAGUCGCCCUGGAGUAUUUUCCUGCCACACGUCCCUGCCUCGCUGGGUGAUCAAGCCCCCUCGGUCUGUGGAAAUUCCCCUCGCUUCAUCUCUAUCCUCGGGGACUGCUGUCGCUUUGGAUUUCGGCUCUUCACCCACCCCAGUCCUUGGCCUCAUCCUAUUUGUACCUCGCUCUUGGCUCGUCCUGCCCCGCAGAAGGCUUAAAGAAGUGUGCACAGAUUCCUUUGGAGGCACGUCGGCCAUGGGCCGCCGGCUCAUCCGUGGUCUCUCUGGAGCAGCAGUCUUCCUGGUCAGCAUGGCCCUCCUCUCCGUACGGCACCGGGGGGCUCAGGAAACAUCUGGGGAAACAUCCCCAGGGCUCAGAGAGGGGAUGCCGGAGAACCCAGAGCGAUGGAUGCAUGCAAGUUCAGAAGAUGCCGUGAGAGGUGGUGGCAGGGGGCAGAAGAACCUGCAAAUCCAGCCUCCGGAGAAAUACAGGACCGAAGGAAACCUGACGCUUGGAGACAUCUUUAUAGCUGUGAAGACCACCAAGAGAUUUCACCAGAGCAGGAUGGAGCUGCUCCUGGACACGUGGAUUUCCCGGGCGAGAGAGCAGACGUAUGUCUUCACUGAUGAAGAGGAUGAUGCCCUGAAGAGAAGAAUGGGUGACCAUGUGGUGUUCACCAACUGCUCCACCGAGCACAGCCACCUGGCCCUCUCCUGCAAGAUGGCUGCCGAGUUCGACACGUUCCUGGCCAGCGGCCAGAGCUGGUUCUGCCAUUUGGAUGACGACAACUAUCUGAACCCUCAGGCCCUCCUGCAGCUGCUGUCCUCCUACUCCGCAGCGCGGGAUGUCUACCUGGGGAAACCCAGCCUGAACCGACCCAUCCGGGCCUCCGAAACGCUGCCCAACAACCGGACGAAAUCUGUGCGCUUCUGGUUUGCCACAGGAGGGGCUGGGUUCUGCAUCAGCCACAAGCUGGCAAGGAAGAUGGUGCCUUGGGCCAGUGGCAGGAACUUCCUGAGCACUUCAGAGCUCAUCCGCCUGCCGGAUGACUGCACCAUGGGGUACAUCAUCGAGUGCAAAGUUGGUGGGCAGCUGCUGCCCAAUGCACUCUUCCACUCCCACCUGGAGAACCUGCAGCUCAUCCCCACCUCCCGUCUCACUCAGCAGGUCACACUCAGCUACGGUGUCUUUGAGAACAAGCUCAAUGUUAUCGAACUCGGUGGUCCCUUCUCACCGCAGGAAGAUCCCUCAAGCAGGUUUCGAUCGCUCCACUGCCAUCUCUACCCCGACACCUCCUGGUGCCUGCAGGCUGUUGGCUGGUGAUGCCCAAGCAUCAGCUACAGUGGGUCCUGCCGAUCUUGUGCUUGUAGGGGGUGAGACAUGGAAAAAGCUCAGCGCUCCCAACUUCCCCUUUGCUGUGGCAGUCUUGGGUCCUUGCUGAGUACUGGUGACACGGGACAAGAGAGAUCUGUGCCAAAGAUGGAUAACGUGGGCUGGACACGUGGAUGGGCUUCCCAUCUGUGCUGAGAUACUUGCAAGGGAAUGGGAGCAGUGCGCUUUCCUAAGCAGAACAAGGACUGGGCGGUGACUGCUGUGCAUCUGGGUGGAGAUGGGGAUGUCUGCUCCUUGCUGUGGAUUCGUCUUGCUGGACUAUAAAGGCCCUGGAUCAGGGUACCCAGUGCCAGACUGGGGGUUCGCUGAAAGCGUACUUUGUCUCCAGCCUCUCUGAGCAGGCCCCCUUCCUCCAUAUCUGCUUGUGCUUUCCCCAUUUCCCACUUUUCCCAGCCACAGCCCCUUGGCCAAGUCUCUGCCUAGUUAAACUCUGACUCUGCCCUCCCUUCAGAAAUGGAAAAUGUGACCAUUUCUGUGCUGAAUGAGUGCUGGAAAAGCAUAGCUCUUGCCUGACUGAGGGGAGAUGGGCAGGAAAUACAAGAAAUCAGGAAUCCCCCUUGGCUAGGACAAGGGAGAGGAUGUGGAAUGGGGAAGACAGUAGGACAGACAGAGAUGAGGGUGGUUCCUUUACUCAACAUUGAACGCUUGAUCUUGGAUGGCCCUGCAUUAUUCCUCUCUUUUUACCUUCUUGAUAUGGGGUCAGGAUAAUCUUUUGCUCUAAUUACCAACCUGUCGUCUGAGAUUAGACUCCAAUUCCUACCUGUGAGAGAGGAGACAUAGAGGAUUAGAACUGGCUGAAAGAGAGGAAAAAGGAAGAGAUGGAGAGAGUGCUCAGGAGCGGAUUAGAGGUUACAGCUUUAUAAUCUUCUCUGUGCCCCGACUGAAAAAAAUUAAGUCAUGAAGGAAUGGAAACAGCAGGGCAAAGAGCUUUUUAUCUCUGCAUUUCUUUCCUCCAGACGCUAAGAGCUGCUUUCUGCCUUCCUGCUGUCCCUGCUGAGCGUAACAGGGAGAAGGAGCCGGCCCAAAUAGGUUACAAGCUUUCUGGCACAUUUACGGGGAGCCCUCAUCUCAGCACAGAUCCUGCCACAAAAGCUGGGCAAUUCUGCUCAAUGGGGAAUGAACUUUGGCACCAUUUUGUCCUUGUACACAUGGAUAAAUGGCUGGGGGAGAGCGUUGCAAGGGAAGCUGGAAGGCGAAGAGACUGUUUUAGAUGGCAGGUGGCAUCACAAACAGGUAUUUCUCUUUAAGAGUGUUUCAAAACAGGCUGCUGGGAUCUGUGAGAGAUUCCUGUAAUCUCUGGAUGAAAGAACAAAUGCCCUUUCUCCAAAGAGCUGCUCAGCUUUGAUGCUGCUGAUCUGACUAAGCCUGCUGGUGGGCUGGAGGAGCCAAGGGGACUAUCGCUGUGCCUCUACCAUGUAAAAAUGGGUCACCCUGUCACCCCGUCCCACCCUCACCCCCCCAAACAACAGCAUCCCCUACACAGCAUGCACAGAACUUAAAGGUAAGGCAUCAGAAAUACCUUCUACCUCAGCAAAGAGGGACCUAGAUAUAAAUGAGCACUUUAAUUACUGGCAAAGAAGAAAGCAGGCGUUUGCAGAGCUGUUUUCCAGCCCGGUCAUUCUUGCGGGCAUUAGCCAGCUUGUGAAGCAGCAGAGAGCUCUGCUUUCUUCUCUUGCACAACAUGCCUUUAAACUGGAGAAUCGUGCUGAGCAGGGGCAGGGGCUACUUGAUGCCAUUGACCAUUCCUGGAAAACUGCAAAGCACUUGUCUCACACAGCUACGUGAAAGGGAGCUCAAAUAGACACAAGCCAGGUAUUAGAAGGUAGCUGAAGAAUAAAGAAGUCCUGCCCAAAGGGCAAAUGAUUUUGUUUGAGCUUAUCCAGAAGAGAAAAAAUGUUUCCAUGAGAAGAAAUGGGAGUCUUCAAGAGAAACCUACGCUAUUUGGAUGUUUUCUUUUUUUGCCCAUUCAAGUUCACAGCUGAGUUGUUAAUUGAUUCUUGGUGUUAAAAUGCCAGCCCUAUCUGUAGAUGCCCUGAUGGCAGUUAAAGCACAAUGAGAUUCGGGUGCCUGGGGAAGAAGAAACUGGUACAGCACACUCGCUUCCCUGGGAAGAGAGUGGAAGCUUGCAUUGGAUCCUGGCUUCAGCUGGUCUGAAUUGGGCUGGUGCCUUCUGCAUGGCUGAAGAUCAGAUGUUAAACAUGUUGGGUCCUUGAGCGGCUGCAUGGGGAUGGGUUUAAGACCAGGCUUUGCUGCUGGAGCAGUGCCACUUCUGUGGGAAAGGUCUCAUAAUGAAACUGAGAAGAGAUGAGAAUCUGUCUGGGGCAGGGCAUCUCUUGGGCUGUAGAGAAACAACUGACAGAAAAGUCCUGCUAUGCCUGUGACGACAACGUGCUGGAAAGAAAAUCGUUUCUCAGAGUUGGCAAAAAACCCCCCACCCAGGGUUUCUUUAAGAACAGAGAGACAGGUUAAGGGGACAUUCUCCUCUUGAAAUCUGAUCAACGUUAAAACCUGAGUUAAAAUUAGUUUCAGGAAUGGUUCCUGCCCCUGGGGCUUGCUGUCAGAUGUUGUGGUUUUACAGUCUCAUUUUCCUAGUUUAUUAAAAUGUUUAGCUGCUUGGGAAAAUGAGAAACAAUCUUAUGUGAAACUUUUCAGGGGUCGGUCUUUUUUUUAUUCUCCUUCAUGAUUUUCUGAUGUAACAGUCAAAGUUUUUGGAAAGGCUCCACUGAGCCAAUUAAAAUGUUGUGUUUUUCUUUCUUUCUUUCCUUUUUUUUUUUUUCUCUCUCUCUCUAACAUUCCCAUUUCUUGUUGCAGUACAAAAAUCUAUCCCAAGAACUAAAAGGGACGGAGACGUGGUCUUUUGAUUUUACUGGGGAAAAAAAUGGGGUCAAAGUCAAAGGUGUUGGCAUGACCCAGCUGUUGUACAGCAUUAAGUGUAGUUCAGGAUUUCAAGUAGAGAGACCUCAGCCUGCCCAACACCAUAGCAACGAAUGCUAUUAAUGAUGUUUAAGCUGUGUACGGAAGAUUCAGAGAAAGGGGAAGGAGGGGAAAAAAAGCUAGUUACUGUAUUGAAAUGUAAAGUAUUAAGUGAGGCUUUCAUGUUAACAAUGUCUUUUUUUAAAAUGCUUUCCCCGUAGCUGUGAAUAAUUUUUAUAAGGGAACCCCUAUCUGACAGUGUAAAAAAUGCUAAUGACUCUCCUUUCUUCAGGGGAAAAAGAGAAGUUAGUUGAAAUAGGUGGGAAACUGCAGUUGUUGUUAAAGGCUUGAAGGGGAGAGAGAGAAGAAUAGCAAUGCUAGACAAUGCUUCUCUUGCUGGUGCCAACUCCUCUUAACAGCUCUGCUGCCGAAGGAAAACACAUUUCUGUGCCUCUCUGAGAUGUACCAAGCUUGUACCCAGGCUGCAGCCGCAGCUCUCUCCCCAGGCCUCUUUUGCUAAAGAUGCAGCCUUCAAAAGACUAACAGUUCAUUAAACAGAAGCCAAAAGGUGAGAAAUGGGCAUGGGGAGAGACUGGAAGGAAUGGAGCCACCAAGAGGAGCCUUGGAGGAGCACAUGGGAAUCGAAGCUGUGCGUUGAAAGUGCUGAUCUGGGGGCUGCCCAGCAAGAGUGGAAAGGGGGUCCUGACCCCCCAGCCUGGAUGUGUAUGAUUAGGACUUCACCCUGGAAGAGGUGAAAUUGGUUUGGUUGGCCCCAAACCUCUUCUUCUUUUUCUUCUUUUUCUUUGUUUGUUUAUGAGAGGCUGACGUGCUUUCAUCUGUCAUUUAUACUCAAUUCCUUGCAGAGGAUUUGGCCUUUUAAUUUUGAGUCUCCCUAUGCCCUUACUUACAAUGAAGGCUCUUCAGGCAGUCCCGAGGUGGGAUCAACAGCAUUUUUCACUCAUUUAUGUCUUUUGUUUUCCCUGAACAACCCCACAAGACAGCUGGCUUGUCCUUUAGCACCGCUGGCCACCAUGGCUCUGCACACCUGUUUUUGACUCCCAGGCCCUAAUUUCGUGUUUACAGCGAGGUGAUUGGGUCUCGUUUCUCAGCUGAACCUGAAAAAAUGCUUUGAUCUCCUGUUCCUGUAUCCAUAGUGACAAACUCCCAUGUCUGUGCUCUACUGCUCACUCUUUUCUUUAUUGUCCUCCACGAACAGUGGGCUCCACGUGCAGCUGAGCCAUGAGACUCAUUGCUGUAGGGCAAUGUGUCAGUCACAGCUUUGCAUUGCUUAGAGGCAAUGAGCCUCACAGCGAGUAGAGGUAGACUCUGUCUAAGCUGGUAAAAUCCCUCUGCCCCAAAGUACCUGUGAAUCACAGAUUGAAGUCUCCAGGACGGAGCAUGGCAGGGACAAUCUCUGUUUCCUAGGGUGCUGCUUGCACUAGGAGGGCUGAGCCGCGGUCGCUCAGCUGGCAUUGCCUCCCGAAGGCUGUUCCUUGACAGCCUGAGCUUUUUGUUGCUCUUCUUUGAUCCAGCUCAGACUCCAAGAAAGCCGGGAACUCAUCUGUCUCCCUGUUUGAACUGCGUGUGAUUAAUUACAGACCCCGAGAAUGGGCUGCUUGCCUAUCUCUCGUGCUCAAAUUGCCUUCCAGGAUUUUGCAAGGCUAAGGAGCCUCUUCAGAUGUUGUGUCUGACUGCUCCCCGGUCAAGCCUCCCUUGGUUUUUGCUGGUAGCUUCAUCUGAUUCAUGGUGAACCUUGGAGAACAAAUUAAACAGAGUGCUUUGUGUGUGGAUUUGAUGGCCCUGACCCUUCCGCCGCUGCUUGAAGAGAAGACAGUGUCGAUUUUCUGCAACAUAAGAAAAAGAAGUGAAACUGCACGGGGAAAUUGGAUGGGGAGAGAUGCUGUUGUGCUGAAACCUUGCUUUACCCAUGCCACCCCCAGAAGUGGGGCAAAGAGAGAACCUGCAGCUGGUGUCUUUGGCUGCAGUGCAUCACAUGGAGAAAAUGCCAUGAAAUAUCUGUUGUAUUGCACUGGCAGAGAAUCCAACAGCCCUGGUAAACGAGCCAAGGCCAGCUUGUUGUUGGUGAUGGACAGAGAGAAAAACAGGGCUGCCCCUAAGCCCGUACGAGCAGAGAUGUGGUGGGGAAGGCUUACAAGACCAACGGGACAGUAUUGCCACAUCAGAGCAGGGGUGGUGAGAUGGUGUUUGGGAUAGGGAGGAGCAGGGAUUGGGGAGAAAGGUCUUUCUCCAUCCAAGAAUGCCAUGAAGGAGCUGAAGAUAAGCACAUGGGGAGGAAAUCUAUAUCCUCUUCAUGGCCGUGCUGGCAAGUGAUGAAUGCUGGCCUGAGGACUGGUCCCUUGAGAGCUAGGGGUUCAAUGAAAAGAGGGGAAAACUGGAAAGAAAAAGGCAAAAAAACGACCCUGGCCCUUCCUCACCACCCCACCUCUCCCACAUUGCAAUGAGCUUUGGCUGGGGCGAGGCUGACUGCGUAGGCUGGCCAAACUCUCUCCACUGUGUGAUGUUUUUUCUUUGUGUGCCCAGGCAGGGAAAACUCCUCUCUGAGCUCUCAGAGACCAGUUUCCAAAGACCUGCUGUGGGGUGCAGACAGACAAGGUCUUGGAGCAGUUGGUAGGGGAAGCAGGGCCCCUUCAUACACUCCCCUCCCCUUUUUCCCCAGCAUCCAGCUAAUGUUGGCCGGUGUCUGUUUUUAGAAAAAGUGGCAGAUUUCAACAGCUGAGCUGCUUUUCCAAAGGGACAUCUAAACAAACAGCCUGCCAUCUGCUCUAUUGUCCCUGGAAUAGCGGCUCGGCUCGGAGGGGGUGGGGGGAGAGGGAAGGAGGGGAAGGAAGGGAAUGAAAA